AUGAGAAAGAAGACCCAGGCGGGAGUGAGAGAGAAGACCCAGGCGGGAGUGAGAGAGAAGACCCAGGCGGGAGUGAGAGAGAAGACCCAGGCGGGGGGUGAGAGAGAAGACCCAGGCGGGAGUGAGAGAGAAGACCCAGGCGGGAGUGAGAGAGAAGACCCAGGCGGGGGAGUGAGAGAGAAGACCCAGGCGGGAGUGAGAGAGAAGACCCAGGCGGGAGUGAGAGAGAAGACCCAGGCGGGAGUGAGAGAGAAGACCCAGGCGGGAGUGAGAGAGAAGACCCAGGCGGGAGUGAGAGAGAAGACCCAGGCGGGAGUGAGAGAGAAGACCCAGGCGGGAGUGAGAGAGAAGACCCAGGCGGGAGUGAGAGAGAAGACCCAGGCGGGAGUGGGAGAGAAGACCCAGGCGGGAGUGAGAGAGAAGACCCAGGCGGGAGUGAGAGAGAAGACCCAGGCGGGGGUGAGAGAGAAGACCCAGGCGGGGGUGAGAGAGAAGACCCAGGCGGGAGUGAGAGAGAAGACCCAGGCGGGAGUGAGAGAGAAGACCCAGGCGGGAGUGAGAGAGAAGACCCAGGCGGGGGUGAGAGAAGGGGAGGCGGUGGUCCUACCUGCCCAGCUCGGAGUCUCCAUGUACGGGUCAAGGUUUGGGCUGAGGCCGGUGAGUCACGGAGCAGCCGGAGCUCACAGGACAACUGCAAAACAAGACAGGAAGGAAACACCAUGA